GUGAAUUUGACAUCUAAGUGAUGCACGUGUUUUGCUUUAUUUUGAAUUUAUUUUAUAUAAAAUUCAACGUCAAUGAGCAAAAAUAACAUUGAAAAUGGAUAAAAGCUGUCAAAAGAAAAUUUUACAAAAGCCUUCAUUGGCAUACACAAGCAACCCAGACUUUAGUAAACCACCGAAAAUCGCUAACCCAUAUCUACAAUGCUUAGGGACGCCUCACAUAGAUUCCUUCAACUACAUGCUGACGGAUGGUUUAAAAGCGGCGAUAGAUAACUUACUUCCCGUAGAAUUCGAGCUGACUACGGGUGAAAAACUAAAAAUUCAGAUAGAUGAAGCCACAUUCGCGAAGCCCAGUGUUCCUAUGGAAGCUGUCGGUGUUAAAAAUCAAAGGGUUCUACCAACAGAAUGCAGACAACGAGCGGCGACGUACAAAGGAGACUUUAAAGUCAGAUUGACGAUCACAAUUGACGGAAAGAGUAUAACUGUUGAUAGAUCUUUGGGACAAUUGCCCAUAAUGAUCAAGUCGAAAGCCUGUCAUCUUGAUGGUUUAUCACCAGAGGAGCUUAUACAAUGCAAUGAGCAUGCUGAUGAGUGGGGAGGCUAUUUUAUUGUGAAGGGUCACGAGCGUCUCAUGCGCAUGUUGCUAGUGACUCGACGGAAUUACCCGGUUUCCAUCAAGCGGUCCGGAUGGAAAAUGCGCGGGAACCUCUUCACGGAAUACGGCGUGUUGAUGCGCUGCGUCAGAUCCGACCAGACGGCCACUAACAACGUAAUACAUUUCCUGCAAAACGGUACGAGCAAGCUGAUGUUCUCUCAUCGCAAGGCCAUGUACUACGCGCCGCUAGUACUCAUCAUGAAGUGCCUGGUGGACUGGCCAGACCAUUAUAUCUACAGGCUGCUGUUGCACGGGAAGAAAAACGAUUUGUAUUAUGUCAACUGCAUCCAAAACAUGCUCCGCGAGUUACACGAAGAGGGUCUCCACACACACCAAGAAUGCCGCAGCUACCUCGGCAAGAUGUUUCGUUCGAAGGUAACCGAACUGCCACCAUGGGCAACGGACAUUGAGGCCACCGACUUCCUGCUGUCGAGAUGUGUGAUGAUACAUUUGAAUGAUUACAAGGACAAAUUUAACGGACUGGUGUAUAUGACGCAGAAGUUGUAUGACGUUGUGCAGAAUAAGUGCAAGGUGGAAGGCGCUGACGCUGUGAUGGUCCAAGAGCUACAAGUCGGAGGAUAUCUUUACCUGCAAGUGCUGAAAGAGAGAAUGCAGAAUCUACUGAACGUUAUGAAAUUUGUUUUCAUUAAACGGGGGAAUAAACUGCAAGUUACUUCGACCGAUAUCCAGCAAUUAAUCCGAUCGGCGGGUAGUUUGGAACAGAAAAUGGAGACUUUCAUAUCCACCGGAAACGCUCCGUCCAACCACGUGAACCUUCCGCAGUACAAGGGGCUGACCAUUGUGGCCGAGAACAUUAAUAGAAUGAGAUAUAUGUCGCACUUCAAGGCGAUCCACCGAGGGUCAUUCUUCAUGGAAAUGCGAACAACGGAGGCCCGACAGUUGCUCCCGGACGCUUGGGGCUUCGUGUGCCCCGUGCACACGCCGGACGGGGCCCCGUGCGGCCUGCUCAACCAUCUCACUGCGUCUGCGCAGGUGACGUCAUAUCUGGAGCCGAAGUGCAUUGAAAACCUACCAGCGGUUUUAGAAAAGUGCGGCAUGGAGCCAAUCAGCUCCGUGUCCCAAACCCCACUGUCCCAGGAUAUAUACAAGUAUCCGGUAUUCAUAAACGGCCGGCUCGUUGGCUACUUGCCGGAGGAUACUGCUACCGAUUCAGUAGCAUACUUGAGAACGCUCAAAGUUAAGGGGGAAGAUGUUCCGAUAAGUACGGAGAUCGUUUUGGCGCCAAAAACUCAGACCCCCGGGCAAUACCCCGGCGUGUUUCUCUUCACGUCGGAAGCUCGCAUGAUGAGGCCCGUCAUCAACCUGUCCACUGGUCAGCUGGAGCUGAUCGGCACCAUGGAGCAACUGUACCUGGACAUUGCCGUUACGCAAACGGAAAUUAUUAAAGGCAACCUCCGUAAAACCACACACUUGGAACUCUCAAAAUCGGCUUUUAUGAGCAACUUGGCGCAACUGGUGCCUAUGCCAGAUUGCAACCAAUCACCUCGAAACAUGUACCAAUGCCAGAUGGGUAAGCAAACCAUGGGUACACCUAUACACACGUGGGCAACGAAUGCUGAAACCAAAUUAUAUCGCCUGCAGACUGGUGCAACUCCGUUGUUUAGGCCUCUACACUACGACCUGUUAGGCCUGGACGACUAUCCAAUGGGCACUAACGCGAUACUCGCUGUUAUUUCGUAUACGGGUUACGAUAUGGAAGAUGCAAUGAUAAUUAAUAAAUCGGCUUACGAGAGAGGUUUUGCAGCCGGCACUGUUUAUAAAUCGCAGUUUAUUGAAUUGAAAAACUCAAGUUCGUAUUUCGCAAGAGACCCGAGCAAACCCGAGCUCGCGGCGCAUAUAGACGACGAUGGGCUGCCAGCUGUUGGUGCUAGAGUGGAAGGUGAAGAUCCGUUCUAUUGCUACUACGACGGCGAGCGGGCGCAGUACGUGGUGUCGCGCUUCCACGGCAAGGAGACGGCGCUGGUGGACAGCGUGCGGCUGUGCGGGGACUUCGCCCCGCGGGCGCCGCGCCGCGCCUGCGUCAUGCUGCGCGUGCAGCGAAACCCCACAGUGGGAGACAAAUUUGCGUCCCGUGCGGGGCAGAAGGGUAUUUGCUCGCAAAAAUGGCCGGCUGAAGACCUACCGUUCACGGAAUCCGGGCUUAUCCCGGAUAUCCUGUUCAACCCGCACGGUUUUCCAUCCCGGAUGACUAUCGCUAUGAUGAUCGAGUGUAUGGCGGGGAAAGCCGCGUGUUUGCAUGGACAUGUGCACGACGCAACGCCGUUUCGCUUCAACGAGAAGGACACGGCCAUAAACUACUUCGGGCGGCUGCUGGAGGCCGGCGGGUACAACUACUACGGCACGGAGCGGGUCUACAGUGGCGUGGACGGCCGGGAGAUGGAAGCGGACAUAUUCUUUGGGCUGGUCCAUUAUCAGAGGCUGCGGCAUAUGGUGUCUGAUAAGUGGCAGGUGCGCACGACGGGCGCGAUGGACGCGCUGACGCGGCAGCCGGUGAAGGGGCGGCGGCGCGGCGGCGGCGUGCGCCUCGGCGAGAUGGAGCGCGACGCGCUGCUGUCGCACGGCGCCGCCUUCGCGCUGCACGACCGCCUGCUGCACUGCUCCGACGAGACGCAGGCAUUGCUGUGCACUAAAUGUGGAACUUUACUCGGCCCAAUAACAACGACACUGUCCUCAUCAAAGGACACAUGUCGUUUGUGCAAGGAAGGCAACGUGGUGUCGGUGGCCAUUCCUUAUAUCUUCAAAUUCUUUGUUACGCAGUUAGCGUCUGUGAAUAUUAAUGUGAAAAUCAAUUGUACUAACAGUUUGGCUAUUACAGCCACUUAAUAAAUGUUUUCGGGAAUC